AUGAAGUCUUUUGCAAAAUCUCCAACUAGGUGUUUUUUUCUUGUUGAUCCAGAUGAUAAUUUCCUCCAAACUCCAAACAAAGAAGAUUCAAAGAAGAACACAAAAAGAGAAAAAAUCAGUUUUGUAAACAGGAUUCAUGAACAUGUGAAAUUGGGUCCUAAGUUUUCUGAGACUGUGAAGGGUAAGUUGAGUUUGGGUGCCAAAAUUAUUCAAGAAGGUGGGAGAAGGAAUAUUUUCAAGCAUGUUUUUGGGUUGCAAGAAGAAGAGAAACUGUUGAAAGCUUCUCAGUGUUAUUUAUAUACCACAGCUGGUCCUAUUGCUGGAAUUCUCUUUAUUUCGACAGUAAAAGUUGCAUUUUGCAGUGAAAGGCACAUAAGCUUCUCUUCUGCAGAUGGGGAAUUAGUUAAAGCGCCUUACAAAGUUUUGAUACCCAUAGAAAAGAUAAAAGAGGUGAAUGAAAGCAUGAACGUGAACAAGUUAGAACAGAAAUAUAUAGAAGUAGUGACUAAAGAUGACUCUGAAUUUUGGUUCGUGGGAUUUUUAAGGUAUGAGAAAGCUAUUAAGAAUCUCAAUAAAGCCAUUUCCAUGACUAAUAAAUUUUGA